AUGACCAGCAUCUUAUCCGCCGUCAACGGCUCUUCGUCGUCUUCUUCACACAAGAAGCUCAAGCGCUCUGGAUCCAAGAGCAUCAAGUCGAGCUCUGGCCGCUCGUCGCAGACUCCGCGUCCGGAACGCCCGCGUUCCACCAUCGCAUCUCCCCAGUCAGGCUACUUCCCACGUUCUAGUAGCUCGCAGGGUGGAAGGCAUCGCACUUCCUCUCUUGUUUCGCCGGCACCUGUAUACGCAGUACCGCAGCAUAACGCCAAUAGUAUCCCUCUUGUUCGCGAAUCAUCCUACGAAUCGGCAUACGCUUCCUCCAGUUCGCAUGGCUCUGCGAACGUACAACAUGCACCAACACGGCGGGCAACCGUCGAUGGUCUUUAUCGUUCGCAGACGGCGAACCUAUCCUCACGCUCAGUCGAGUUUGUCGACCUCGUCGGUCAAGCUGCUCAUAGCUCGCGAAGCUCCCUUCGCUACUCAGUGGAGCUCCCACCUGUGAGCCCUUCUCCGCAAACGAGCCCGGAGACGCACGAGCAACCCUUAUCACGGUCUUCGUCUCCUGACGAUGACGCAAGACCUCAAAUGCCCCCUCGCGACCGGCAUGUUUCCUGGCCGGCGAGCUCAAGUGAGAAGCAGGGCCUCGGCUCGGGACUCCAGCUUGUACAAGUUGAUGUUCAGCGCCGGAGCGAGCGCAAUCGUCCCACACCUGAACGGGAUCAGGACCCAGCUAGCCAAGUCCAGGUCAUGCACGCGGAACUGCAACGUUAUCUUGCGGAGCAGCGCUUGCAGGAUGCAGCUGACCGCGAACGUGCGCUGAAGGAAGAGGUAGAGCGGCUGCGUCGCGACGUGCAGACGCAGAUUGAUGCACGACGCGAGCUCGAAGAUCGACACGAUGCUCGUGUACGAGAGCUAGAAGAGCGGCACGCGCGGGCGCUUGCCGCAGUAGACGAACGCGCCGAAAGACGUGUACAGGAAGCGGAGCGUCAUGCUGCUUCGCGCGAACAGCUCUUACGCGAAGCUCGCGAGAGCGCAGAGCGCAAGCUCGAGCGCGGCGUCGCUGAGGCUCGUGCCGAGGCGCGGGAGGCCAUCGCGAAGGCUGAGAUCAGUCAGGAAAGGGCAUGGGCUUUGCUCGAGCAAAUGCAGAACUCGGCAAGCCCGACGAAUACGUCGCCGACAGCUAGGAAAUCCAGACUGUGGUAA